AUGAUGUUGCUGCGUCGACUACUGUACCUUACAGCACUGUUUUUUAGUGUUGCCUGCGUGUGUGUUGCGUCUGAAGAGACUAAAGAGAACGAAGAAAGUAUUCGUUCUUCUGAUGUUGGUGAUUGUCGUGAUCAUGACAAGAAGGGUCCAAAAUGUGAAACUCAGCCUGACUUAGCUGAAGAUUCUCGUACGGAGUGUUCGGACUCACCUGGCAAGGAGAAAUGCCCUGCCGAGAUGGAAAUUGACGGUGAACGCGAUUGCCUUCAAGGUUCUGACACUUGUCCAAAGGGAGCCGAUACACAUAAAGGACAGAAUGCUCUUGGUCGUGGAGAAGGAGAACCUGAACCCGGUUCUGGUGGUACUGUGAAUGGAGGAAAAGGUGGUCCUGGAACACUGCCAUCACCUCAACCACCACAACAAGAACAACCUCACGGAGACGGUCAAAGUCAAGUUCCAGGAGGACAACAACAAUCCUCCACUGCAUCCAGUAUAAGUCAAACUGAGACACGACAGAACCCUGAUUCACACAUAGAGAUGACCGACACAAAAGCCUCUCAUCAACCCAACAAUCACGUUGACACCACGCAUAAUGAAGAAAAUGAAGGACGACAAAAUACCACUACUGACGAAUCCCAUGGUACAUCUUCGUCACAGCUGUCUGGUACGACACCCACAACUAUUCGUUCAUCCACUGAGCCAACACCAGAAAGUGUCCCAAGCCGUGAGAAUGGGGAUGCUACGAAUGCGGUUACACCUUCACAGGACUCUCAAUUAAAUAACGGCACAGCUGAGACGAAACCUGGAGAGGAUGAGUCAACGAGGGAGACUGACAAUACAACCAAUAAUGGGGAAUCAACCACCACUACCACCACCACAACAACAACACUUCCUCCUGAACUCACAAACAGCAAAAAGGGUGAUGCAGACAGCAGCAGCAGUAUCAGCAGUUCUGUGUGGGUGCGUGUACCACUACUGAUUGUGGUUACACUGGCCUGUAUUGUUGUGUGCUGA